AUGCCAAAGUAUUAUUGUGAAUAUUGUGAUAUAUAUCUAACACACAGUUCACCUGUUGGGAGGCGUCAACAUAUACAUGGGAGAAAACAUAUUAGUGCCAAGAUAGAAUAUUUUCAAAAUUUAUUAAGAGAAGAAGGUAUCACACCACAAAAUUUUUUAGGAUUUUUAAAUAAUAGAAAUAUAAAUAAUCCAUUAGGAAAUCCUAUGAUGAAUUAUAUGAAUACAAAUAUGUAUAUGAAGUAUAAUCCAAUGAAAAGUUAUCAUUCAUAUUCUAUGAGAAGUUCACAUCCAUAUCGUUUAAAUAUACAUAAUAAUAAAUAUUCAAGAGCUGGAUAUGUUCCACCAAGUCAUCAUAAAUAUUCUGUUAACCCAAUGCACAAUAAUUACCAUCAGGCACAUAAUAACUAUUCAUAUCCUAAUUCAAUAAAUCCAAGUAACCAAAUAAAUUAUUCAAAUAAUUACGGAUCCAAUAAUUUCAACAAUUCAAAUGAAUUUAAUAAAAAUAUGAAUGAAAAAGAUAAUAUAAAUAAUAAUGAUAUACACGAUAAUAAAGUAAAAACAGAUGAAAAUGACCCUAUAAAUAAUGAUAAUCUUAAUAACACAAGGAAUUUUUCAUAUGAAGAAAAUCAUUAUUCAACUGAUCAUAAGAAGCCAACUUUUUUAAACCCUGAAAAUUCAAAGGAACAUAUUGAAAGUGAUAUAUCUUGA